GUCCAGAGCAACUAACCAACUCAUUCGUACAUGGGGGGUUUGACUAUUUAUAACACAAAAUCGAUUUCAACCUUUCCUUCUUCAUUUUUUAAAUUAUUUGCCUCUAAACUCUUUUUCUUGCUCAGCCAUGACCAAAGGAAACUUAUUUGGAAUUUAUUCCGCUUCCAACCCCGUCAACCAAUUAAGCACUAACCUUUCGCAAAUGAGCACUGAGUCAGAAUCAGCUUCGAGUUCCACAGCAACCGUUCCUCUUCCUCCCACCUUCGGCAUACUUGGCCAAAAGAGCGCUGCUCCGACCACCCCCGAGCCCGCUUCUGCCAUCGAGCCCUUGGCAUCCUACCAGCGAGUCUUUCAGGGACUCGACAACCUCGAUGACACGGUCGAAGCCGUCGAGCCCUGGCUUGCCGCCGCCGAACACUGCUUUGGCCUUAUCCCCGACGCUACCAAGCUGACCAUCAUCAGGCCCAAACUGACUGGUGCCAAAGUGUCCACCCUACGCUUCCUCAACCUCACCACAUGGUCCGAGUUCAAAGAGGAGCUCUUUGAUGUGCUUGGUGUAGAAGAUUACCGACUGAACUUGGAGGCUAAUAUCUGGGCAAAAACGAGAUACGAGAAGAUGAGCCCAAGGGAGGCCCUGGCUCAGGCGAAAAUUGAUUAUGCUAUGCUUGUGCGUGCCAAGGGCGAAAAGAAGCCAGCAAAUAUUGAUAGGCGCAUUUUAGAUGCUGUUAGGGUAAGGUUCCCAGAGAAACACAUUGGCCAUGUUGAGGUUGAUACACCGCUGCGUGAGGCGCUGGUACAGCUGAAGGACGUUAUCAAGACAUCUGUGGCCAACAAUAGCCGCGAGGGAUGGCCCGAUUACAAGUGAUUCUUUUUGUUUACUUUUUCUUUGAUAAAAAAAUAAAGUAUUUUUAAUUCAAUUCAA